AUGUCUGAGACGAUCCGGCGAUGUCCGUAUUUCUUGCCCCACAAGGGCCGGCCGUGCGGUGUGCAGCUUCGCAGCGACACGCAGUACUGCUACAACCACCUGCCGCAGGGCGAGCUGUUUUCUAAGACCAAAAACGGGAAAACCGUCACCAGAGUCCCGUGUCCUCUGGACCCGUCGCACACUGUCUGGUCCGACAAGCUGGGCCGCCAUCUCAAAACGUGCAACACGCUCAGAAAGAAGCUGGAGUUUGAAUCCAACGUGGGCAAAUUCCCGUGGCUGGUGGUCGAUUUCAACGUCCAGGGAGAAUCUGCGCUGGAAAAUAGUCCGCUGGACUACGCCGAGUUUGCAGCCUUCGUGCGCCAGUUCAGCGACGCUUACAAACAGUUGUACUCUGCGGACCUCGAAAUGAGCCAGAUCGACUACAAAUACGGGCUCGAAGAGCGGAUGAACGAGCUCAGUAACCGCAAGCACGUGACGCAGCAGGCGUCGCUGAUCGGCCACAUGGCGCACGCAAACCUGCUCAGCGACGGCGCUGUCUACGUUGAGUUUGGCUGCGGCCGCGGCGAGUUUGCCAGGUAUCUUCUGCGAGCCCUGGAUACUGAUCCGGGCAUGGUAGCAGGCGACAAACAGGUACUGCUGAUCGACAGACAGUCGCCACGGAUGAAGUUCGACACUAAGAUGAAAGAAGAGCACGCUAGGGGUGCAGUCUGUGUCACCCGGCUCAAAACAGACAUCAAGGACCUGGACCUGGCGACGGCAGUCAGGAGUCUAGAGAAUCCGGGCAAGGUGGUCGGCUUCUCGAAGCAUCUGUGUGGAACCGCGACAGAUCUCACGUUGCGGUGUCUGCUGAACGCUCAGCGAGAUCCCGAGUUCCAGUUCUCUGGCUUUUUGGUGGCCAUGUGCUGUCGCCACGCUUGUAAAUAUAACUGGCUGCUCGAGGAAUCCCGGGCCUACCUAAAGGAGAACUUUGGCAUUGGACAGCAGGAGUUUGUUUACUUGUCCAAGAUGGCUUGCUGGGCCACGAGCGGGGUGCGGCCGGGAAUGAGCGAGAACGACGGAGCAGAUCAUUUUACGGGGCUUAAUCUGAAACAGAGGACAGAGAUCGGGCUCCAGGCCAGACGAGCGAUCGACGAAAGCCGUGUCUACGCGAUGCAGCAGCGCGGAUUAUCCACAAAAUUGUUCAACUAUGUGAGUCCAGACGUCAGCAUGGAAAAUAGCUGCAUGUUGAUAAAAAAUAUAUAA